CGUCAUGAGCGUCCUACUGCCCAACAUGGCGGACUUUGAUACCAUUUAUGAGUUAGAAGAAGAAGAUGAGAGAAUUGUGAGUGAAGAACAUCUCGUCAGAUACUGUCCCGAGCCUGUGGUCAUGCGUGGGGCUGGUCACAUCACCGUGUUUGGACUAAGCAACAAAUUUGACACAGAGUUUCCUUCUGUUCUCACAGGAAAGGUUGCUCCAGAGGAGUUCAAGACGAGCGUCAAUCGAGUAAACGCUUGCUUGAAGAAGAACCUACCGGUCAAUGUGAAAUGGCUGCUCUGCGGCUGCCUGUGCUGUUGCUGUACGGUGGGCUGCAGUCUGUGGCCUGUCAUAUGUCUCAAUAAGAGAACACGAAGAUCCAUCCAGAAGUUGUUAGAAUGGGAAAACAACAGGUUAUAUCAUAAGCUGGGGCUGCACUGGAAACUCAGCAAGAGAAAAUGUGAGAGCAACAACAUGAUGGAAUAUGUUAUUCUUAUAGAGUUCUUACCCAAAUAUCCUAUAUUCAGACCCGACUAAAGGACUUCUGCUGGAUCCUCCUGGAAGGCCCUUCAUUCCUCUCCUUAGUGCCUUGUAUAUAUGUCGGAUUGAGGGUCUUCACUGGGUUUCUACAAGACCCUUCUCCCAGUACCUUGUACAGUAGAAUUCGCAACACUGUCACUUUGCUUUAGAGCAGAUUUUGCACAUUUCCUGAUGUAGUAGAAGCGCUCCUGUGUUGCACUCAGACGUUUUGUUACAUAUAACGAGAGAUGGGAAGAAAGCAAACUCUAAAACUGUUUAAAAGUGCAUUUACCCCAAAGAGCCAUCAAGUCCUCCCCACAUACUAUAUUACGGUAUUGUUAAGAACAAGGCACCUUAUGGUGUGAAUUUGCCUUAUGUUAAAGGACAACUUUUUUAAAUCAUGUAUUCGCAGGAGUUAAAAGCGUGUCGUGUUUUAGUGUUUUCAGAGCGUGAUGAUUAGAAUUGGGCUUUUUGAUCUGGCACUUUUGCGAUCGUCUACUACACGGGGAAGUCAACGAACUGACUUGUAAAUAUCAUGGACAGGAUGUACAGUGUGGUAUACCAUGUUUACAUUAUGUAGUUUAGCUGGUUAUUCGUUUUUCGCCAAGAUAUUAUUGUAGCAUAGUUUGUUUAUAAGCCGUGUCUCUAUAACUUUACAGUUUAUAUGGACCUGUUUACCCAGUAAGCCAUAAAAUGUACGUACAAGAUGCCACUCGAGUUAGGGCUGAAAAUUGCACUUGAGCACGAGGACAAGCAGAUUGUCCUGGAGGUUUUUCGAUAUUGUUUUACAAUGUCAUCAGUGGUGUGUUUCAAAUCGAUAACAUAUGCCAAUCAAGCAAAAUUCGUUACUAAGAACAAUGUGUCAUUCGUUUCACAUCGUGAAAUUUACCUAUUCAAGUUUUUGUUGAGACAUAAUUUGUACCCUGUGUUUUUUCUUCAUGUUUUAUGUUGUUCAUGGAUGCUGUACAGCAUUGUAUAUGUAAUGGUUAAAACUGUCCCUCCUCUGUAAUUUUUUUUUUUUUUUUUUUAAUACCUGUAUGACAUCUUUGCUCCACAUGCUGUAGACAUGACUGCAUUAGUCGAGUGCCUCUGUAGAUGGUCUUGGAGCUGUGCUUAAGAGGAAUGAUUCUUUGCCUAGCAAUCUAAUGGAAAGAAAGGAAUCUGCUCUCAGUACUGGUUCUGUUAAAGUACUUGUAAAUGUUUGUCCCUACCUAAUCCUAUGAAAAGCUUCAAUAAAUUCCAGUUUUUGAACAACACUCUCUUUACAUGAAAUAAAGUACAUAUACA